AUGUAUGAUUCGAGGAGUAGUGGUCGAUCUAGAAAACCAUUAGAAAGCUACACUAAUCCAUCCUUAUACGAACGUUUUGUGACCAUAGAUGAUCUUUAUGGAGACAUGGAGCCAUGGGAGAUAUUUGGGAAUAGCGAAGAGAAGUGCCGUUACUUCUUCACGGAGAUGAAGAAGAAGACGGCCAAGGGGAAACGAUUUGCUCGCACGGUUGGGAAGGGGAAGGGUUCGUGGAAAGGUCAAAACAAAGGCAAACCCAUUCAAAACAGUGAAGGAAAAGUUAUCGGAUACAAGAGAAGUUUAAGGUACGAGAAUGUAGGAUCGAUCCAACAUGGUCGAUGGCUCAUGAAAGAAUACAGUCUCUCUUCUCCUCAGGAUUAUGUACUAUGCCGGAUUAAAAGACUGGAUCACACACCAACUGUGGCAGCUGUUUGUCAAAACCAGCAGAAUGAGGAUGAACAUAUCAACAGCAGCAGGCAAAAAAGGUCUCGGUUAGAUGGCAGUGAACAUAUAGAAAACCUGAUAACUAGUUUGGUACCAACUUAUGGGGAGGUAGCAGACACCCUUGAUAGCAAUCUUUGUUUUGAUCCUGAAGACCUGAUGAUUGAGAUUGACAAUGUGGACAGUUUCCCCGAGGACCUGAUGCUUCACAACUUGGAAUCUGUAACCAUCCCUCUUGGAACAUUGCCAUUGCCUAUCAGUUCGGAAGCUGAAUCAUCCAUCUACAACCAGACAGAUUCUUCUAGGCAAUGGGUGUUGAGGCAUGGAGGAUUGGAGAAGCAGUUUGCCUGA